AGGGAUUUCAACAGUAAAAAUAAAUAAUAACGAUAUGGAAGGAUCUGCUAUUGGAGAACAAAGUAUUGUGAGAAAAACAUCAUCCAUCUGGCAGAGAGCACAAAAUAAAAUCAGAAUAACACCAAAAGAUACAACACCUGUAAAUUGGAAAAUCAUUGGCCUUGUUUUCAUCUCAAUGUGCACUGGAACACUCAGUCUUACAUUUCUGUUUCCUUUCCUGCCAGAAAUGAUUUUGUUCUUUGGUUACCAAGAGACAGAAAAGGGUUACUACGCAGGAAUGGUGGCCUCUAUGGUGUUUGCUGGGAGAGCAGUAGGAAGCUUUUUCUGGGGUUGGCUGUCUGAUAAAAUGGGGCGGAGACCAGUCAUGCUAAUGACCAUAUUUGGAAAUGGCUUUUUCUGUUUGCUGUUUGGAUUUACUUCUAACUUGCACAUGGCUCUUAUCAUAAGGUUUCUAGCUGGUUUAGCUAAUGGAACCGCAAGCAUUUCCAAGGCAGUUCUAUACGAGGUUUCAGAUGAUUCUAAUCAAGCUACCGGACUGACCUUUAUAGCGAUGUCCUGGGGUGCAGGGAUCAUACUUGGACCAGCUGUUGGGGGAAUUUUAUCCAAUCCAGCUACUAGAUAUCCCUCUUUGUUUCAAAAGGACGGUGUGUUUGACCACUUUCCAUACCUUCUCCCGAGUCUUAUUGUGACAUGUGUCUGUCUGGUGGUCAUUGUUGUCGAUUUCUUGAUUUUACCUGAAACUAGGAGCAGAAAACAACUAGAAUUAGACGUAGAGGGACAUUCAGAAGAGUUACAGGAGUUGGUGCACAAAAUACAACAAAAGCAAACAAAGGAGGCAGAGAGAAUGAUCUCAUCAUCAAUGGAAGAACUCCACUAUUACACGGAAAGAGCAGUAUAUGACGUCAAACUAAACCAGUCGUGUCAAGAUCUGCGCAAGUCACGUGACUUCAAUAGGAACAAGGCGUUGAAAACGCCGACAGAAAACACUACUGAGGGGACAUCUAUCCAUAUUUUUACGCCAGAUUGUAGAAAGGCUAUUUUUCUGUACACUGUCUUUUCUUUCUCGUCCAUUGGUUAUGAGGAAAUAUUUACAAUAUGGACAUCAACCAAAACAAUCUAUGAUGGCCUUGGGUUUGAGACAGAUGAAAUCGGUAUGGUUCUUGGUUUAUCUUCAUUCCCAAUGUUGAUUCUUAACCUUUUCAUUUAUCCAUUCCUUGAUAGGAUAUUUGGAACGAAAAAGACAUUUCUAAUCUGUGGAUGUAUAAAUGGAAUUUUAAUAACUGUUACACCCAUGUUACAUCUUAUUGAAUCAAGUUCCCCUUCCAUUCUAUGGGCGGUUCUCCUUGUCCUGAUUGUUCCACAGAAGAUAAUGACCAGUUGUUUGUUCACAGCAUCGUCUCUCUUCAUCAAUAACUCAUCACCGCCUCGCAUGGCGGGCUCCGUCAAUGGUAUCGCCACCACUUCAACAGCUAUUGCGAGGACCUUGGCUCCGAUAAUAGGAGGCAGUAUAUACGCAUGGUCUAUAGCGAACAAUCUAGAAGCCCCGUUUGAUGUAAACCUUUCUUUCUUUAACUUUGGAUUCAUUUUAUGGUUGAUCAGUAUAUAUAGUUUAUUUAUGCCAGAGUCUCUUAGCAGAAAAAAGACAUAAUCAAGCAAAAUACAGACUUUUUUUAUGGGAAAUGGAAUUCCACGAGUUAAACAAGUUUCUGAAAAUGAUGACUCUUUGUUACUGUGUAUAUGCAAUCUUAUGUGUGUUUAUUUUUUGUUAACAUCUGGUGUUAGAUAAAACCUCACGUCUUCUUCUGUUUAAAAAAAAAUAAAUGUAGAUCUG